GCACAUUGUGAUUAGUUUAUUUAUGGUACAGAUCGAACAACUAUUGAGAACCAAGUUUCAACAUCUUCAUUAUAACUAAGAAGAACUAAAAGCGCUAGCUGUUGAAAGAAAUGGAAGAAGAUCAUGAUCACGAUCAUGAUGUGGGAGAGAUAUCUGAAACCAGUAGUCAACAAUCAAAUGGGAGUACUUCAGAUGCAAAUCGACAUGCAGCUUUUGGCAUUGGUGAAGAAUUAAUUGAAGAUGACAAUCCAAAUGAUAAAGAUCAAAGGCGUACGUCAAGAUCAGUCCAGAGGCGUGAGCAACAUAGAAGAUUAGGAAAAACUAUUCCUGGUCAGCAUGCUAUCCGAAUCAACGAGAGUACUUCGGAUGCAGUUCGCCAGGCAUCUUUUGGCAAUAUUGGUCAUGAAGAAGCAGGUGCUACUUUUGACAUUGGUCAUGAAGAAGAAGUUGCUAAUUCUGGUAUUGGUCAUGAAGAAGCAGCAACUUUUGGCAUUGGUGAAGAACUCGAAGAUGACAAUCCAAAUGAAGAGAGACGUCCAAGAGUCCAGAGGCGUGAGCAACAUAGAAGGUUAGGAAAAACUGUUCCUGGUCAACAUGUUAUCCGAAUCAAUGAGAGUAAUUCGGAUGCAGUUCGCCAGACAUCUUUUGGCAAUAUUGGUCAUGAAGAAGCAACUGCUUUUGGCAUUGGUCAUGAAGAAGUAGCUGCUAAUUUUGGUAUUGGUCAUGAAGAAGCAGCAACUUUUGGCAUUGGUGAAGAAUUCAAAGAUGACAAUCCAAAUGAAGAGAGACGUCCAAGAGUCCCGACACGCGAGCAACGUAGAAGGUUAGGAAAAGCUGUUCCUGGUCAACAUGCUAUCCAAAUCAACGAGAGUACCUCAGAUGUAGUUCGCCAGGCAGCUUUUCGCAAUAUUGGCCAUGAAGAAGCAACUACUAAUUUUGGCAUUGGUCGUGAAGAAGCAGCAGCUUUUGGCAUUGGUGGAGAAGAAUAUGGCAAUCCAAAUGAAGAGAGACGUCCAAGAUUCCAGACACGUGAUCAACGUAAGAAAUCAAGAACAGUUGUUCCUGAAUGUGCGAUCCGAAUCAACGAUAAUGAGAGACAAAAGCCUGUUAUCAUCAACGGAUUAGGAUGGUCGACAUUGAAGGUUCCUGCACCUAUGUUCAAAGUUGACAAAGGAUCUUACAUUCCCAAGAUUGUCUCCAUUGGUCCAUUUCAUCAUAAUGAACCAAGUCUACAAGCCAUGCAAACUCAAAAACAGCGAUUUCUCGAUUGCCUAAUUCAAAACCGAACAAGGCAGCCUAUCCUUGAAGAAAGUCUUAAAAAUGCCAUGAGAGAAUUGGAGGAAAAGACAAGAGAUUUCUAUGCAGAAGACUUUCAGGCUAUAAUGCCUGAUGAUUUUGUGCAGAUGAUGCUCCUUGACGGUUGCUUCAUUGUAGAAAUCCUGCGUUUAUACGAGAAAAAAUAUGAGGUGGAGCCCAUUUUCCAAACACGAUGGAUGCUGCCAAAUAUCUCUCGUGAUCUCCUUUUGCUUGAGAACCAACUCCCUAUGUUUGUGCUGCAGAAGAUUUUUGAACUUACUACCUUGAAGGAGGAGGCAAGUCCUGAUCUGAACACACUUGCUCUUGGAUUUUUUGAACCCUUGAGACCUGGGAAAGAUGGAUUUGAAACAUUUGCGUUGCAUAAGCAUGCUGAGGGCGAGUAUAUACAUCUCUUAGCUUUGUUUCAUUCUACCUUAACUUUAGGGAAUGACAUAUACAUGCAACAACCUGCAAAGAGUGAAAAGAAAAAAACACAUCUUAUUCUUCCUGGGAAAGGUUGGGUACAUAAUGCCAAAACACUUCGUUAUGCUGGUAUUGAGUUCAAAAACAAUUCUGGUAGCAUUCUUGACAUAAAGCUUAAAGGUAAGACGUUAAAGAUUCCGACCAUGAUCAUCGAUGAUAGCACUGGCCCUUUGUUGAGGAACUUGAUAGCCUAUGAACAAAACAAUCUCUCUGCAGCUCCAUAUUUUUGUUGUCUGGCAGUGUUCUUGGAUAGCAUAGUGGAUACGGUCGAGGAUGUCAGGAUUCUUCGUGAUGUUGGGAUUAUCAAACAGGCAAAGGGUGGAGACGAGGAGGUGGCGAAUCUUUUCAACAGCCUCACUAAAGAGUUGGUGUUUGAUAUUGAUAAGGAGAACUGCUACAUGACCGAGCAAAUCGAAAACAUCAACCGUCUUUGUCGAGCACACGACACUAGAGUUCGAAUUUACCAACUUCUUGCCACAUUGAACUACAAGGGAUUACUCACAACAUACGCUUCCAUCCUUGUUACAAUCAUCUUUUCCCUUUUUGCUGCUAAUUUUGCAAGUUUGAGAACCCCAGUUAAUCAAUACUAUUCACCUCCACCCCCACCUCCACCUCCACCUCCACCUCCGCCUUAACUAUAAGCAUUACAACAAAGACAAAACACCGUUUGAAAUGGUUGAUGCAGGUUUAUCUGGUGGAGCCGCCAUUGAUGAUUGAGCCCUAUGUUUGCAUAUCAUUUCGCUUAGUAUUGGUUUUUCAAUAAAACUCGGAGUAUUC